AUGGAAAGGGUUGAUCAAGAAACUCCUCCACCCGUUACUUUCUACCUUCCUCACCAUGAAAUUUACAAACCUGAAAAAUCAUCUACGAAAUUGCGCAUUCUGUUUAAUGCAUCAGCUCCUACUACUACAGGAUUGAGUCUGAACGACAUUUUACUCUCAGGAGAGGUUAAAAAAGAUAUAUUUCAUUUAAUUGUUCGAUUUCGUCGACAAGGUAAGAGGCCAUCAGGUCCUAUUACUAGAGAUGAAUUUACGUAUGCCAAGCUAGCAGUGGUAAGGCUAGUACAGCGAAUAGUAUUCAAAGAAGAAAUUCAAGCCCUUAGAUAUGGUGCUACUAUAGCAUAUCACUUGGAUAAUGUCGAAACGGCCAGGAAAUUGAAAGAAUCAUUUUACGUCGAUAAUAGCGAGACCAGUUUCAACAGUUUUGAAGAAGUUGAGAAAUUCAUGAAUUUGGCAAAACUGAUAAUGUCAGAUGCUAAGUUUGAGCUUCGGGACUGGCAGUACAAUACACUUGAAAAAAAUGAUGAUCCUGGAUUAUUCUCAGAAACUCAAACUUAUUUAAAGGCAAGCGAAAAUACAACAAAUUGUAUUUCUGUAUUGGGCAUUGUAUGGGACGUAAAGGAAGAUACUCUCAGUUGUAACACAAAAACAUUUCCUGCUCAAGAAGUACCAUUAGUAACGAAAAGGAAAAUUUUAUCCUUAGCACAAGCGAUUUUCGACCCGAUUGGAUUCUCUUGUGCUUUGACACUGCUGCCGAAAUUAUUAUUGCAAGAAUGUUGCAGAUUAAAACUCUCGUGGGAUCAAGAAGUGCCAAAGAAGAUUUAA